CCCUGAAGCACAGUCAAAUUCAAAAAAAGAAUAAUAUUUAAAAUGAACCAUCAAGAGAAAAUUGACUCACUGAUUCACCAGCUACAAAAAGUGUCAGAAUCCAGUACCGAAGCACGCUCCGCAACCAUCGACGCCGUGCGCAGGCUGGAGCAUGAUAUCGAAACCGAGGAGUUCUUCAACUUCCGUCUCCAAAGAUUAGGUCUAUUGCUUCCCGUGACAAAAAUUGCCCAGGAUCUCAAACUUUACACUAUCCUGGUAGAAAACAAGGCCCCUCUCAUCGUCGCAGACAUUGCAACCAAAGUCAAUGCAGCACCACUCUUGAUUCGUCGCAUUCUUCGGUAUCUUGCGUCUGAGUACCAGAUCACAGAAACAGAUGUCGACACUUUUACUGCCAACCACAUCACUCGGAUUCUGGCAGACCCUCUGUAUGGCGGCGUUACGCGCCAUACAUUUAGCAACGUUGGUCCAGGACUGAAUGCACUACCUGAUUUCCUGAAAGAAACAAAGUACCAAGAUAUUGACGAUGCAUUACAUACUCCGGCCCAAAAGGCCUUCAAUACGCCGCUGCAUAUGUUUCAAUAUCUGCCCUCGAUCCCAGAGCGCUGGGAGCCCCUUCAGCAAACCAUGGCUGCCAUUGUGAGAAGAGUGCCGUGGUUUACAGUGUUUCCUUUUAAACAAGAACUCGCUUCUUUCCAAGGCGAGACCACCUUUGUGGAUAUCGGCUGUGGUUCAGGACACCAGUCCAGAGAGUUGCUUGGCGCAUUCCCGGAACUUUAUGGCAAGAUUAUCGGCGAAGAUCUUCAACAAGCUCUUGCCCAUGCUGCACCGUUCGACGGGGUCCAAAUACAGGCAUAUGACUUUUUCACUCCGCAGCCUGUUAAAAACGCCAAAUUCUAUUAUAUGCGUCACAUCUUACAUGACUGGCCGGAGCCGAAAGCGCUUGCUAUUCUGGCCAAUAUCAAGGCUGCUAUGGGUUCUGAAUCCCAGCUGCUAAUUGACGAAGUUGUCAUACCAAAUAUGGGCGCCCAUGUGCACAGCACCUUGUUGGACCUGAUUAUGAUGGCGUCGCUGGCUGCUCUAGAGCGAACGGCGGAUGACUGGAAAAGGCUACUUGGCAAAGCGGGAUUCAAAAUCCUGCGUAUCGAUACGUACUUGCCGCGAGUCCAAGCAUCCAUUAUCCAGGCUGUUCCUAAGUGAAGGGGAUAGGCAGGCAUCAUGGCUCGAAAGUAACUACAUAGUAGAAUUGAUAAGGUCUGAAACCAGUCAGUGCCGGCUAAAAAUACUAACAGAACCGCAUGCGCUGGUGAGUAGACGCUAAACCACUUCAUUGUCGCCUAUAUCAAAUCGGAGACUUUAUGAAUUUUUAAAAGUGUUCAUGACGUCGAGAUACGGGCCGGAAUGUAUAUUGCGGAUGCUGCCACUUGCUGAUGAUGGAGAGGGAUUACCAUUACAACUGGAGCAGGAGCUCAAAUGGAGGUCAACUUCCUCGUGUCUUUCUGCCGCGCUAUAUGACGAGACUUACUCAGUAGCGACACUGUUGACCUGACC